CACUUCGCGACGCUAGCCAAACAUCGUGGCUACUUCAUGAGGAUGCUCUCGACUCACAGAACGUCAGCCGGAGACCUUCGUUUGAGAAACCAGUUUCUUUCUCUCUCUCGCAGCGGAUGGCCUGAUUCAGCUUCACACCCUCCAACAAGCCCAAAUGUCGAAGCGAGCCGCUAAAGGCUUCGAGUCACUCGUUGCACCACCGGCGAAGAAGCAGACAACACUCCCGUUUGGGGCAGUCACUCACAAUGCCACUGCGAAAGAGGCACCCGUGAUCGAGUCACUCGUUGCACCACGGGCGAAGCAGCAGACAACACUCCCGUUUGGGGCAGUCACUCACGAUGCCACUGCGAAAGAGGCACCCAUGAUCGAAUCACUCGUUGCACCACGAGCGAAGCAGCAGACAACACUCACCUUCGGGGCAGUCACACACGAUGCAACUGCGAAAGAGGCGCCCGUCAUCGAAUCACUCGUUGCACCACUGGCGAAGAAGCAGACAACACUCCCCUUCGGGGCAGUCACUAACAAUGCCACUGCGAAGGCGGCACCCAUGAUCGAGUCAGGCUGUCGCUUUCUCGAUGAAGGCUACCUCAAGGCCCUGAAGGCGAGGCAUGGCUCAGAAGAUCGAUAUCGCGACUUCUUCCGCAUGAACAGUCUUGAGGGCAUAAGCAGGACACUCCGUCGCCACUUCUCAUCCGGGCUACUGGAGGUCCUGCGUGGCCGCAAGGAAUUUGACCUUGAAGCGCUCUGUGCUAUUGGCAACGACCCUCACUAUGGCGGUCCUGGCUGGUACAUGAACAUCAUCAUUGACGAAAAUGACCCCGACUGGUUCGCCGCCUACGUCGGACAGUCCAAAUAUAUCCGCAAACGCAUCCGUCAGCACACAGUCAACUACCUCUUUGAUGACACUCUACACUACUUCUCCUGGAGGCAGCCGGGCAAGAAAUCGGUUUUUGUACAUCUUGGACGUGUACCGGGAAAUCUUGAGAACAUAGACAUGAUUCUCAACAUCGGCGAGCAGCUACUCAGCAUCAUCUUCCAAACGCUCCCAGAGAAGACUCUACCAGAGUAUCUUCCUGUCGGCGUGCAGAUACAGCUACCUCAUCGAGGUCUCAAUGUAGCGAGGCCGAUGCAACAAGGACACAAAGACGCAGUUCAAGAGACGAGGGUGUUGCUCGCAUCGAGUAACGCGUUGACGUUGAGUUAUGCUGAAGGCAUUAAGAGUAGGAAAACGGAUAUGCUGGACAAAGCCCGCCAGCAGCAAGUCGAAGAGGAGCAGGUUAGGCAGAUGGCAACCAAGCGCGGCCAUUCAAAGAAGGCACACCUAUUCCGAGAGGCAGAUGCUUUGUUAGGAGACCUGACGAGCGUGAUGCGGUGGUGCAGAAUUUGCCGAACGACUCAGUCGUUGGAUCCGGCUCCGAUUUAUGAGGUUAGCACAGGUAGAUACAUCGCACGCAAGGCUCCGUGCGAUACAUGUGUGGAGACAGCACCGGGCCGUAUAGCACGGUCAAAGAAUGGCAGGAAGACGACGUACCACAUACCAGUCAACCCAGCCUUCCCGCACAUCAGACAGGAGGACAUUAGCUAG